AAGGGCUCAGUGUGGAGCCUCUGAAAUCUGUGCAGGUUUUUCUCUGCAGAGGCAGAAAGAAAGCAGGUGAAUAGAUAAAUAAGCAUGGCCUUACUCCUGGUGUCCUUGCUGGCAUUCCUGAGCUUAGGCUCAGGAUGUCAUCAUCGGAUCUGUCACUGCUCUAACGGGAUUUUCCUCUGCCAGGAGAGCAAGGUGACAGAGAUUCCUCCUGACCUCCCCAGGAACGCGGUUGAACUGAGGUUUGUUCUCACCAAGCUUCGAGUCAUCCCAAAAGGAGCAUUUUCUGGAUUUGGGGACCUUGAGAAAAUAGAGAUCUCACAGAAUGAUGUCUUAGAAGUGAUCGAGGCAAAUGUGUUCUCCAAUCUGCCCAAAUUACAUGAAAUUAGAAUUGAAAAGGCCAACAACCUGCUCUACAUCGACCCUGAUGCCUUCCAGAACCUUCCCAACCUCCGAUAUCUGUUAAUAUCCAACACAGGUGUUAAGCACUUGCCAGCUGUUCACAAGAUUCAAUCUCUACAAAAGGUUUUACUAGACAUUCAAGAUAAUAUCAACAUCCACACUGUUGAAAGAAAUUCUUUCGUGGGACUAAGUUUUGAAAGUAUGAUUCUAUGGCUGAGUAAGAAUGGGAUUCGAGAAAUACACAACUGUGCAUUCAAUGGAACCCAACUAGAUGAGCUGAAUCUAAGUGAUAACGAUAAUUUGGAAGAAUUGCCUAAUGACGUUUUCCAGGGAGCCUCUGGACCAGUCAUUCUAGAUAUUUCAAGAACCAGGAUCCACUCCCUGCCUAGCUAUGGCUUAGAAAAUCUUAAGAAGCUGCGGGCCAAGUCAACUUACAACUUAAAAAAGCUUCCCAGCCUGGAAAAGUUUGUUACACUCAUGGAAGCCAGCCUCACCUACCCCAGCCACUGCUGUGCCUUUGCAAACUGGAGGCGGCAAAUCUCUGACCUUCAUCCAAUUUGCAACAAAUCUAUUUUAAGGCAAGAAGUUGAUGUUAUGACUCAGGCUAGGGGUCAGAGAGUGUCUCUGGCAGAAGAUGGCGAGUCCAGUUUAGCCAAAGAACUUGACACGGUGUACAGUGAAUUUGACUAUGACUUAUGCAAUGAAGUGGUGGAUGUGAUUUGCUCCCCUGAGCCAGAUGCCUUCAAUCCAUGUGAAGAUAUCAUGGGGCAUGAUAUUCUCAGAGUCUUAAUAUGGUUUAUUAGUAUCCUUGCCAUCACUGGGAACAUCACAGUGCUGGUGAUCCUGAUCACCAGCCAAUACAAACUCACAGUCCCCCGGUUCCUUAUGUGUAAUCUGGCCUUUGCCGAUCUCUGCAUUGGAAUCUACCUCCUGCUCAUAGCAUCAGUUGAUAUCCACACCAAAACCCAAUACCACAACUAUGCCAUUGACUGGCAAACUGGAGCAGGCUGUGAUGCUGCCGGCUUUUUCACUGUCUUUGCUAGUGAGCUCUCAGUCUACACCCUGACAGCCAUCACGCUGGAAAGAUGGCAUACCAUCACCCAUGCCAUGCAGCUACAAUGCAAAGUGCAGCUCCGCCAUGCUGCCAGCAUCAUGCUGGUAGGCUGGAUCUUUGCUUUCACAGUUGCCCUCUUUCCCAUCUUUGGCAUCAGCAGCUACAUGAAGGGUGGGCCACACAGAAGACUCUCUGGAAAAUUGGAGGGCAGAAGGGAAGCUGCAGCCCUACCUUCGCUCACACACUUUGCUGUUCAUCUACUGAUUCGUCUCACUGCUGCAAAGCACAACUGCUCCACGGUCCCCUGGAUACUCCUUCAUGUUCUCUGCCUCCUGAGCCAGGUAUAUAUAUGUGUUUAGCUCCUUGAUGAAGAACUCCAACUUUGUCAGAACACUUUUAUUACCAAGAUCAGAGGCAACAAGAACAGAAAUGGAGCUCAGUUUGACCUUUUGGGGUUCUUGCUCAUGCUCAUGAUCUUCCCUUUAUGACUGCCUGCGCUGUGGUCUGCAAGCUUCAGCAUCAGAUGUAGAGACAACAUCCUUACAGAGACUAACUCCCUCAAUUGUGAAAGCUGAUUUCCUGUAACAAAUAUUUACCACAUAUAUACAUACAUGCAUGCAUGAAUGACUGGUUCUGCUUCUCAUAGAACCCUGAUAGAAGAUACAAUCUAUACGGCCGGCAGGUGGAUUAUAAUAUUGGAAUCAAAGCUGAUGUUUUGUUUUUACACCAUAAGCCAGGACUCCUCCUCCCCCGCUGCUCCCCCUCCCCCAGGCUAAGUGUCUUCCUCUGUAAAUGGGAGUUGGUUAUAGUAUCUAACUACUGGGCUUACUAUAAGAAUUGGAAGUGAAAAUGAGUGUAAAGUGCCUAAUGCUAUAACAGGGUUGGUGAAUGUUAGUUUAA